CCUUUCUCGUAGAAAGAAAUUAAACAAAUCAAAUAUUCCCGCCCUAAUUCGUUAUAUUAUUAUACGGAGUAGAUCAUUUCUACGCGAAAGGUUAGCUGAUGAGCUUCACUCUGUCGUCGCGAGGGAGCUAUUUUCUUCGUACACAUCGAUUAGAUUAGGGUUUGACAAGAAGACCACCAGUUCAUCGGGAACCGAUGGCGGCGUUGACGUGACAACUCCUGAUUAGAGAAAGCUACCGAUGAAGAGCAGGCAUUAAAAUAGGUAAGAUCUUUUCUAUUUGAUCGUAAAGCCCAAUUUAUUGGAUUCAUACAAACCCUAAAAAGAAGCAAAAAAUGUCGGAACUUCCGGUGGAUAUAAUCGCUGACAUACUAUCAAGAUUACCGGUAAAACCCUCAGAUGCGUAUGGAAAUCUUGGUGUGGUCUGAUCGACAGCCCACAUUUCAUCAGAUCGCAUCUAAAUCGAUCCAUCGAAACCAACACCAACCUGAGCCUCAUUGUCACAGGAGUGGACCCAGCAUCAUUCUUGGUGUACUCUAUAGACUUGGACUCUCUCGAUUAUGAUCAUAUGCUAGAGCUUGACCACCCAUUGAAGAAUGAUGGGGGAGAGACCGAAGUGAUUGGUUCUUGUGAUGACUUACUCUGUUUGUUUAAUUUACACCAAAACCACAAAAAGGUUGCUUUAUGGAAUCCUUCGACCAGAAAACACCAUAAGUUACCAGCAAACCCGAUUGCGUUCCCAGACAUAGGUCGCAACCGUCUCACUAUCGCAUACGGGUUUGGGUAUGAUCGUGUCAGUGAUGACUACAAGGUGGUGAGAAUGAUAGAGUCUCUUCGCGAAGAUCUUGAUUCAUUUGACUGUGAAGUUUUGGUCUACAAUCUGAAGUUGAAUUCUUGGCGAAGAAUUCAAGAUUUUCCUUAUUACCACCGGUACAGCGGAUAUGGUAUGCUUGCCAAUGGGGCAUUGCACUGGGUUGUGUUUCCAACACCGGGUUUGGAUAGGCCCGAGCUGAUUGCUGCUUUUGAUCUUGGGGUUGAGGAACAUCGAUUGGUGCCACAGCCUGAUUAUCCCGGUAAGAAUUUUGACUUGAAUGUGGAGAUCCUAGGAGGAUGGCUUUGUGUAAUUUGCGACUAUUGUAGGUUCGGUGCUGAUACGUGUGUUGAUAUAUGGGUGAUGAAGGAGUUUGGAGGUAAGGAAUCUUGGACUAGAUUAUUUUCUGUUGCACAACCAAGUUCAAUUAGGGAGUUCAAGUAUGUGUGGACUCUGGUUUUUUCUCAGAGCCGUGGGGAAGUACUACUGAUACAGGAUGGUGGAAGGCUUCUUUGGUAUGAUUUUAAAAUGAAUACAAUCAAAUAUACUGAGAUUCGUGGGGGAGGCAUGGAAACUAAUGUUUGUUUUGGAAGCCAUACACCGCUUUGAUGUUGAUGUUCGAAGUGAUGAGGAGAACUGGAUGAUGGUGAUGUUGAAAGUGAUCAGGAGAACUGGAGAAACAGCAAGCAAACCUAAUAGAAUGUGAAGGUGGGAAAAAAAAAAAAAAAAUUAGGGAGAGACUACUGGAGUAAUUGUGCUUUGUCUUCCUCUCUCUCAUUACUUUACAUUUCUCAACUUGAUCUUCCUUGGCAAACAGCAAGCAAACCUAAUAGAAUGUGAAGGUGGAAAAAAAAAAAAA